AGGGAAUGGAAAAUACAUUACGAUGAAUGCAUAUGCAGCGACGCCGACAGUGUCACAGUAGCCGGCGUGCAGCUGUUUUUCCGUUCUGUUCUGUUCUGCGGCUUGUUUGUGUACACGCUGCGAUAGUCAGUAAAGAUAACCAGUGGCAGUGGCUCGUGACGGCGCCGCGUUUGCACAAGCAGCCGCGGCGUUAACGUUGGCGAUGAUACAGUAGAGGGUUAUUAUGAUUGCUGUUCCACAUCCGGCCUGUGUUGACUUGACUGGCUGUGCACGUGUUUGUAACCGAUGCAGCGACAACCAGUGCAAUGGAAUCACCUGUGAAUAUCCAAAGAAGGAGACGCAGCGGAAACGCCGUAGAUGGCUGCUGUAGAGCCAAACCUGUUCGGGAAGAAUUCCUGCCCAGCGAUGAGCACCACGAACGCGACAUGCAGACGGCUGGCCACUGGCGUCCAUCCUACUUUCGGAGCGCCACUACUAGCUGGCAGUGUUUUUCCGCCUUGCUCCUCUUCCUGCUAGCUAGUGCCGGCUGUCCCGUUGCCUUUGGUCAGGGAGCGGGCCCGAUGGGAUCCAUGUCCGACUACUACGACUACGCAUUCGGGAAUCCGUUUCUGGGCUACUGGAAGAACCCCGGCAACAAGAACCCUUAUGGCUCACAGCAGGUGCCCUACGGCGGCUACGGCAACUACGCCAGCGUCUCCAGCCCGUACGGCGGCCUGGGCGGCGCCGGGUACGGCUACGGGCUGGGCGCGGCGGGACUGGGCGUAGGCGCCACCUACACCGGCGGAAUAGGUGGCUUCGACCGGGCGCCUAUCGCGUCGCCCUCCUACGCCUACGACCGUUUCCCAUCCAGCAGUCUGGGCGUCAACGACCUCAACUACCCCGUCGGCUACGGCGGCGGGGCCGGCCUGGGACUCCCGUACGGCGCCUACGGUGCCGACCCCGGCGGUUUGUACGGCUACGGCCGCGCGGGCUUCUACGGCAGCGUGGCCGGAAUACCGGCUGCCGGUGCCGGACUAGGCUAUGCCGGCUACGGUGCUCCGGUGGUGGACUCACGGACCCCGGCGGAUCGGGCGCUGCAGAACCUGCUGGUCUCCACCUACGCUUACAAGCCCUGGUAUCCCUAAUGCGCAUCCGGGUCCGCUGCCCAGACGCAUGACACCUACGUAAUGUCCCCUUUUGGGACCACUGCCUCUCUUAACCAACUCCAAAGGCCUACCUGCUCCCAUCAUCCGUAUCAGCAGCAAAGGUCGUGUGUGCUGCCGUAAUUAUCAUGGUUAACUAGUCGAAAGGUGACGACGGCAUUUCUAAAGAGGCGCAUACACUCGUGAUAUGCAUAUCGCUUUCGCUCCAACUGAAUUCCUCUGCAAACAACCUUGACAGUUCUACUUACCUUGCGUAGUUACAAGUGUCUGCUACAAGUGUGCGGUGUGUUAGUCUGUACAAGCGCCGAAGUAGCGAAAAUCCCGUUUUUAUUUUAUUCACGUAACAUCAUUAAUGUUACAUGUCCCGGGUGUUUAUUUUAUUCAUUAAUCAGUUGACUGAAUCAUUGUGCAUAAAGAAAGAAACUUGAUAAUAAGCGGAGAAUGCCGAAACGCAACGCCUGG